UUUCAAGAGUUUAAGCAAGAGCCUUUUAAAAACCGGUUAUUGUCUACCAAUCAGCAUGUGUUUUUGUGUAUAAAAACACGUGAUUUUGCGAGCGGGUUUUUCAACACAGAGAAACUAAACACAAAGGCAUGUCCCUGUACAAAACACCUACAGAUGCCAAGAAGCCGGAAUUGCCCCUGGGAGCGCCAGACCGUGUUCAGAAAAGAAGGCUCCUUUACAGUUGUUUUGCCAACGAGAAAGGGUUGUUGUCGAGCCCUGUGUUUUAUUCUGAAAGAGAACUGAAAAAAGAGGAGCCACAGCCGUUUGUAAAAAAUCAAGUGCGAAAAAAUUUGUUGUCAGAUUUGGAAAAAACAGAAUUAAAGGCAGAAGGGGGAAUGGAAGAAGAGCCUAUAUAUGAGGACAUGGCAACCGAGGAACAGCCGCAGGAUAGCGAUGUUGAAAACCAACCGAUAGACCCCGAGUUGUGGAAAGAUGGCGAUAUUGUUACGAUAACCAAGCCUGGGCCGUACAAGAUUACUGCUUUGGUGUGUAACAAACUGCCAACAGUUGCAGAGACAGAAACAUCCGAGGAGGCUGCUGAAACUAUGAUUGACGAAGGUGAUUCAGAAACAAAGGACACAAACGGGGUGUCAAUGGUAAAACCCAAAGAGCAUGACAAGGAAGAUGAUAUGGGGUUCAACGGUGCGUCAGUCGAGGAUGAUGAUAAUUCAGAAUCAGACGAGGGUACGACCGAGACAUCUUCAGAGGAUGAAAAGAGGCGGCCUCUAAGCAGAACAGCCGUAAUAUGUACCUGUUGUUUUUGUGUGAAGCAAGAUGUUAAAAAAAAGUCUGUAAAAAGUGAAGAGAGUGACCAGAAAAGCGGUGAAGAAAAAGAGGAUGCAGUUAUGGUUGAUAUUGUUAGAGCUGUUGUAGUAAAAGCCUUUUACCACUGUUUGAAAAAACAACUUUUGGAAAACUGUGCAGCCUGCGCUGUAAAUAAGUCCAACCCUUUUAGUCACCCUUGUAUCUUUUGGGAUCGCUCAGAAGUAUUUUACCAGCUUAGACGUAUUUCUUCUAAACUGAACGCGGCCCAGCUGGUAAAUGUAAUUAUAGCUGAAGGCUACAAACUGAAAAAGCUUAACAUAACCACUGAAACUAUAACCAAAGUUGUUAAAAUGAUUAGGGAGGUUGGAAAAUCAUCUGACCCGGUGGCCUUGCUGGUAGACCUGUCAAAAGAGGUGGCCCCCUAUAUUGGCCGAGCGGUGUGUAGCAGGGUUCGCCAAAUGGAUUAUAAAACUUUUUACAUGCAAGGUUGUGACCCUAGAGGCUUAAAAAAUAUAUAUUAAUUAAAAUGCAUUGUUAAAAAAACUGUAUCACAGUUUUUAUAUUAUUUUGCUUAACCGUUAAAAAUGUAUGUAAUUGUAUCGUAUAUUACUUUACUGCCGCUUUAAAAGUCAAAUGUGUAUAAACGUUGUUGUGUUAAAUAAAAACAAAAGCAGAAACAAACUUUUGUGUAUACAGUGUUUUAAAGCAAGACGGGGUAAGCAUGGCAAAGCUGCUAAAGAAAAUUUAUUACUCACCCGAAAAAGUUGGUAGUUUUGGGGGCAUAACACCCUUAUUUCAGGCCGCUAAAAGACACCGUAAAAGCUUAAGCAAAAAGCAGGUUUCCGCUUGGCUUGCGGAUCAAGAUGCUUACGCUUUACAUAAACCUGCAAGGCUUAAAUUUAAAAGAAAUAAAACAGUGGUGUCUAAUGUGGAUACGCAAUGGCAGGCAGAUUUGGUUGAUAUGGCCGCCUAUUCUAAAGACAAUGACAACCGUAAAUAUAUUUUAACAGUGAUAGAUAUUUUGUCUAAAUACGCCUGGGCGGUAACCCUAAAAAAUAAAACAGGAAAAGAGGUGGCAGAGGCGUUUAAAGCUAUUUUUUCAAAGGGGCGCGUGCCUCAAAAAUUACAAACAGACCGAGGAAAAGAGUUUUUAAACAAAGCUUUAAAAAAUUUGUUUAAGCAAUAUGGAGUACACCAUUUUGUUACCAAUAACGAAGUUAAAGCGGGAAUUGUGGAGAGGUUUAACAGAACUUUAAAAUAAAAAAUGUGGAGGUAUUUUACCGCCCGUAACACCUUUCGCUACAUUGAUGUGCUGCAGGCCUUCAUAGACGGUUACAACAGAAGUUAUCACAGAACUAUCAGAGGGCGCCCAAUUGACGUGACACAAGCUAAUGCGCUAAGCGUGUGGAAAACCGUCUACGGGGGUAGUUUUAAAAUAAAGAGGCAACGUGUGGUUUUUAAAAAAGGGGAUCACGUAAGAGUAUCUAAAACGAAGGGCACUUUUGAAAAGGGCUAUCAGCAAACCUUUACCGAUGAAAUAUUUAUCGUGUCAGGGGUUUUAUUAAGAGGACAAAGACCGGUGUAUGCAUUACAAGAUUAUGAAGGGGAGGAAGUUGUGGGGUCUUUUUAUCCUGAAGAAUUACAAAAAGUAAACCCUAACCAGGACCGCCUUUACAAGGUAGAAAAUUUU